AUGUUUGGAAUAAAAGCAUUUUUGAACUUGCAGAAGUUCUUCAUGAGCUCCUAUUUAAAUUAUAACAAGUACACGAUAAAAAGAAAAACGUAUAUAGCUGCAGUUGAAAGUAAAUAUACUUACAUAGUAUUGUUAAACAACGUAAGUCAUAUAGGUGAAAAAGGAGAGAUAAUAAAAGUAAAAAGAGGAUAUGCCCGAAACUUAAUUAAAGAUAGAAGAGCAGUAUAUGCUACUUAUGAAAAUAUCGACAGCUAUGCUGAUAAAGAAAAAUACAAAAGAACACAACAAGUUCAUAUAAAAAAAGGUGUAGAAAUAAAAAAGGAUUUUGAAAAAUAUUUUACACAUUUAAAAAAUAUAGACAUUACUAUUUAUUUAGAUGUAUAUAAAUAUACUAAUGAUGUAUCAUAUAACUUGUAUGACUUUUUUAAUUAUGUCUCUAAUAAUUAUGAAUUAGAUUUAACUUGUCAAAAUUUACAUAAAAUAAACUAUUAUAAAACUAUGAAACAUUAUAACAAUAAUAUAUAUGAGCAGAUUUAUUCAGACAUAUCUAAUCCCAAUGACUUAAUUAUUCAAAAUAAUGUAAUAUUUAAAUAUACAGGAAUUUACGUUAUUUAUUAUUUUCUCUUCAUGCCUAAUGCGAAGUUUUUGAAUGAAAUUCUGUUUAGAAUUGGAUCCCUUCAGGAAUAUGAGAUGCUAAAAAGUGAAAAGAAAGAUAAGAAAAUGGAUAUCGUGUAUAAAAUUAAUUAG